CGCAGGUCCACAACCUCAACAUCACUCACCACAACUUAUUGCGGCGCAUUAUCUUGUACCAGCUGGUCAUUGCUAAUUCAAUUGCAGUGUCGGGUUCUCUCUAGCGGCCGCGUGCUGCUUCCAGAUUCGUUUGUUUACAACCCCAACAACCUUACGUUUUCACCCGAACGACCUCCCUCGCCCUUUCCCGUGCGUGAAGUGACAGUCCAGACGCGACUUCGCCAUGGAGAGAACACCAUCACCACCGCGCCGGCUCCACACGCCACCAGCUCCCCUCCACGGCGCCAAAUUCGACAUCUACGAGCCCUACUCUCCACCACGACGGUCAAGCCGGGUUGCUGCUCAGCGUACUCAGGACCAACACCAGCCGCAUUCACCACUGCCACGGUCUGCGCAUGAAGCGACACCAAAGUGGCGAAGCUCUCCGAAGAACGCAGCGCCGCACACCUCCAGUCAAACCUUCUCUCCACCCUGUUCACCUGCCUCACCCUUCACUCACCGCACUCCCCACGCAACGCGUCGCGCGCACCUAAAUGUUGGCCCUGUAGAACCCGACUCUGAUCACAUCGCGCCGACUCCUUCCAGCCGAUAUCUCUCAACAAUGGAGCCUCACAGCAUGCUCCCAACUCCGGCCAAGACGCCCCGGAAACGCGCCCUUCACUCCAAAGAGGAUCUCAGCUCCGCUACCCGCGCGCUAUUCCCUGGUCGCCCCGCUACGGUCGAAGAAGCCAUGCCAACCCCGCGCAAGAGCCGCAAGAGCAGGAAGAAUGUGUUCACUCUAGAGAGCUUCGCUGAGCAGAUGGAUGAAGAAACCGAUAAGAUUGAGGUCUACACCGACUCAAAAGAGCGAGUCCCGGAGAUUGAUCACACCCCGGAUAAUCCCUUCCUCUCCAAGAAAGGCAAGGGCAAGGGCAAGGCGAAGGCAAAUGGCACCACCCGUACCCGUGAUGCAAAUACCAUCGAGAUGGAGGAGGCCGUGGCAAAGGGUGAGGGUAUGAUCUAUAUGUUCCGUGGCCGCAAGGUCCUCCGCAAAUACCACGAUGCUCCCCGGCCCAAUGCCGAUAGGGCCUCGCCCGAGUUCUCCCAAGAUGCGCUCCGUCGUCGUGUUGGAACGGAGGCCCACCGCCCGUUCACCCGCUCAUCCAUCCAGCCUCGUCGCCUGUUCCAAGAAGAGAUCAAAGUCCGAGAUGGCGAGAUGGGCCCUGAUGAUGUUGACGAGGAGGCCGUUACUGAUAUCGAAGUUCCCAUUGCCAGUCCGAGCCAGUCUAAGUAUGGAGGUCGUAAGGGUCGCAAAGCCGAGGAGAUUGCCACCCCUGUGAAACCGAAAUUCAAGGAAGACUUCGUGCCAACCACCCCACCAUCUACCGUCCGCCCCAAGCACGGCAAGCAGGUCAAGCCGGUCAAGGAUGAGUAUGCUAUGGAAAUUGAUGAGGAAGCAGAGACCCCACAUGCCACGGCUGACGAACUGGAGACUUCACCGGCUGCCAACACCCGCAGCAAGAACCCCAGCCCAUUCGAUUCCUGGACCCGUACCAAGUCAGUUUCACGUACUCGCAGGGCUAAGAAGCGAGGCGGUGAAGCGUUGGAGAGCAUGGAUGACAAGAAAAUUAGGACAUCACAUUGAUGCGGGAAUAGACAUUGAUGUCUGUAUCUCGCAUCCAACUUUCGGAAUUCGGAGUCACGGAGUCACUUUUACGACAUAACGACUGCACGAAAAUGAGUUGGAUAUUGC